UAAAUGAAUUGGAGAAAGAAUCAAUACUGGAAGGGAACCCAGUCAGAGCAGAUAAGGCACGUUGCUUCAUUGAUACAGUGAGGAAGAAAGGGGACAAAGCCAGCAGGAUCAUGGUCAGACAUCUUCAGACUAUAGAUCUCUCCCUUUUCUCUCAGCUGCGUUUAUACUCUGAUCCAUCUGCUCAACAAGAGGCUCUUCAAAGUUGUCAGCCUCGGCUUAAAUCUAAGUUGAAGAAGAAGUUCCAGUGUGUGUUUGAGGGGAUCGCUAAAGCAGGAAACCCAACCCUUCUGAAUAAGAUCUACACAGAGCUCUACAUCACAGAGGGAGGGACUGCAGAGAUCAGUGAUGAACAUGAGGUCAGACAGAUUGAAACCGCAUCCAGGAAAUCAGAUAAACCAGAAACAACAGUCAGACAAGAAGACAUGUUUAAAGAUUCACCUGGAAGAGAUGAACCAAUCAGAACAGUGCUGACAAAUGGAGUGGCUGGCAUUGGGAAAACAGUCUUAACACAGAAGUUCACUCUGGACUGGGCUGAAGACAAAGCCAACCAGGACAUCCAGUUCAUAUUUCCAUUCACUUUCAGAGAGCUGAAUGUGCUGAAAGAGGAAAAGUUCAGCUUGGUGGAACUUGUUCAUCACUUCUUUACUGAAACCAAAGAAGGAGGAAUCAGCAGCAUUGAAGACCUCCAGGUUGUGUUCAUCUUUGAUGGUCUGGAUGAGUGUCGACUUCCUCUGGACUUCCACAAAACUACAAUCCUGACUGACCCUUGCAAGUCCACCUCAGUGGAUGUGCUGCUGAUAAAUCUCAUCAGGGGGAAACUGCUUCCCUCUGCUCGCCUCUGGAUAACCACACGACCUGCAGCAGCUAGUCAAAUCCCUCCUGACUGUGUUUCCAUGGUAACAGAGGUCAGAGGAUUCACUGACCCACAGAAGGAGGAGUACUUCAGGAAGAGAUUCAGAGAUGAGGAUCAGGCCAGCAGGAUCAUCUCCCACAUCAAGACAUCACGAAGUCUCCACAUCAUGUGCCACAUCCCAGUCUUCUGCUGGAUCACUGCUACAGUUCUGGAGGAUGUGCUGAAAACCAGAAGGGGAGGACAGAUGCCCAAGACCCUGACUGAGAUGUACAUCCACUUCCUGGUGGUUCAAGCCAAAGUGAAGAAGGUCAAGUAUGAUGAAGGAGCUGAGACAGAUCCACACUGGAGUCCAGAGAGCAGGAAGAUGAUUGAUUCUCUGGGAAAGCUGGCUUUUGAUCAGCUGCAGAAAGGAAACUUGAUCUUCUAUGAAUCAGACCUGGCAGAGUGUGGCAUUAAUAUCAGAGCAGCCUCAGUGUACUCAGGAGUGUUCACACAGAUCUUUAAAGAGGAGAGUGGACUGUACCAGGACAAGGUGUUCUGCUUCAUCCAUCUGAGUGUUCAGGAGUUUCUGGCUGCUCUUCAUGUCCAUCUGACCUUCAUCAACUCUGGAAUUAAUGUGCUGGAAGAACAAGCAACCUCCCAGAAGUCUGAAACGGGACAAUCUACACUUAAGCACUUCCACCAGAGUGGUGUGGACAAGGCCUUACAGAGUCCAAAUGGACACCUGGACUUGUUCCUCCGCUUCCUCCUGGGUCUUUCACUACAGAACAGUCAGAUUCUCCUACGAGGAAUGCUCACACAGACAGGAAGAAACUCACAGAGCAGUCAGGAAACAGUCCAGUACAUCAAGAAGAAGCUCAGUGAGAAUCUGUCUGCAGAGAAAAGCAUCAAUCUGUUCCACUGUCUGAAUGAACUGAAUGAUCGUUCUCUAGUGGAGGAGAUCCAACAGUGCCUGACAUCAGGAAGUCUCUCCACGGAGAAACUUUCUCCUGCUCAGUGGUCAGCUCUGGUCUUCAUUUUACUGUCAUCAGAAAAAGAUCUGGAUGUGUUUGACCUGAAGAAAUACUCUGCUUCAGAGGAGGCUCUUCUAAAACUCCUACCGGUGAUCAAAGCCUCCAAAAAAGCUCUGCUAAGCAUCUGUGAACUUUCAGAGAGAAGCUGUAGAGCUCUGUCGUCAGUUCUCACCUCCCAGUCCUCAAGCCUGAGAGAGCUGGACCUGAGUAACAAUAGCAUGGAGGAUUCCGGAGUGAAGCUUCUGUCUGAAGCAGUGGAGAGUCCACAUUGUAAACUGAGAACUCUGAGACUGAGCGCCUGUAACCUCUCAGAGAGAAGCUAUGAAGCUCUGUCCUCGUUCCUUAGCUCCCGGUCCUCUAGUCUGAGAGAGCUGGACCUGAGUAACAACAAUGUGCACGAUUCAGGAGUGAAGCUUCUGUCUGGCGCAGUGGAGACUCCACAAUGUAGACUUAAAACUCUCAGUCUGUCAGGCUGUUUGGUCACAGCAGACGGCUGUAGUUUUCUGGCCUCAGCUCUGAGCUCCAACCCCUCCCAUUUGAAAGAGCUGGACCUGAGCUACAAUCAUCCAGGUGACUCAGGAAUAAAGCUGCUCUCGGCUGGACUGAAGAAUCCACGCUGGAGACUUAAGACUCUCAGGUUGGAGCCUGCUGGAGUCCGAUGGUUAAAACCAGGUCUGAGGAAGUAUUCCUGUCAACUCACAAUUGACACAAGCACAGUAAAUAGAAACCUCAAACUGUCUGACAACAACAGGAAGGUGACACAUAAUAUUAUGGAGGUUCAGUCAUAUCCUGAUCAUCCAGACAGAUUUGAUGUUUGGCCUCAGCUGCUAUGUAGUAAUGAACUGACUGGUCGCUGUUACUGGGAGGUCGAGUGGAAGGGAAACAUUUCUAUAUCAGUGAGUUACAGAAGAAUCGGAAGGAAAGGAAACAAUGAUGACUGUUGGUUUGGACUCAAUGAUCAUUCCUGGAGUCUGCACUGCACUGAUGGUGGUCCUCAGUUUGUCUGUCACAAUUGCAGAUCCACAACCAUCCUCCCCUCCUCUUCCUACUCCUCCUCUGUCUCUAACAGAGUAGCAGUGUAUGUGGACUGUCCUGCUGGCACUAUGUCCUUCUACAGAGUCUCGUCUGGCACUCUGAUCCGCCUCCACACCUUCAACACCACAUUCACUGAACCUGUUUAUCCUGGAUUUUUAUUGUCUUUUCAUGGUGCCUCAGUGUGUCUGUGCUGAGUUGAGUAUAAAGAGUGUCCUCCUGUUAGAGAAAUACUCUACGCAUUUUAAGGUUAAUGGAUUCAAUGAGUUGAUGUUUUAAACUGUUCUAAAUGAUUCCUUGUAAACUUCUUCCUCUUCACUCCUUUAAAGAUGGAAGCUACAAUUAUUCAAGGAUCCAUUCUUAGGAAUAUUUUAAUGUGCCUGAAUAGCACUGCAUAUGCUGUGUUUCACUUUAGUUUGAAUGAAACAUGAAAUCUAUCACAAAGGGCCCUGGAGUAGAAUCUGGUGGAUUUUGGUAAUAUACAUUAGAUUUGUUUUGAUGCUAAUUUUUUUAAGCUGUUUCAUUGUUAUGAUUUCAGAUCUGAAUUUUAUAAAAUGCUGCAUCAAAAACAAAGACAGAUGUGUUUGUCCACAAAUGACAACUACCUCCAAAAGCACCUUUUAAACAACCUUCUGUAUUUUGAAUACAUUGCUCAGUUUGAGCUGAUGUUUGAUAUCAUUACUAUUUUUCACGACUUUUUCAAUCACUAUCAUAUUUUACUGUUUCUAUUUGAAUUUUAGCUUAGAGCUUAUUUUUAUUGUAUGCAUAUCUCUAAUGCAGCCACAGCAAAACAGCUGCCGGAUGUCAUGAUCCUGGGUCUGGUGACCCAGUGCUUGUGUUUUGAUUAUUUAUUAAUAUUUAAUCUUCUUUGAUUUAAUGUUUUUCAUAGUUUAGUCUUUUGUAUAUCUAGCUUCCUAAGGCUACACUAAUCCGGAUAAAUUUUAAAACAUUUUUGGCUAAAAACACUACGCGUCCACACUAGUGUUUUUAAUCAUUUCCGAACAGUUGUUCGUCAACACUGAAACACCUGAAACGCUUAUGUUACUGUUUUGCGCAUGAGUGAAAUGUAAGAUGAUUCAACCUGCGUUAUUUCUGUCUGCCGUUUAUUUACUUUCCGGCUAUUCAUCGCAAAACAUCGCACCAAAAUGUUGAGGAAAAGCACAGAGUUUUUUAAAUGGACUAAUAAUGAGAUGUAGUUGUUGCUGUGAGUAACACAAAAGUACAAAGUUGCAAAACUGAUUGAAAAUUAAAGAAUUUGAAG